AGGUUGGAGUCGCAGAUAAGGGUCAGGCUACCCUGUGUCUCCAUAGAUAAUGGCACGCAGCAGAAAGAGGUGAAAAAAUGUUCGUGGUCUGAUGCCAGACCCAACCCAGCUGUGAGCUUUGGGAUAAGACAAGUCUCGUGACAAGGUCAAGGGUGAUGGGUGAAGGAGAACCAUUCGGGGGCAGCUGUGCUGUUACCCGAGUGUCUGAGCCAUUGAUUCCAGCUCCACAGAUCCUGAGCCUCAGCCGUCACAGGGCCCUGAGCCUUUCCCUGGCAUCUGACUUAAUCCCCCUCCAGGGCUGGACUUUUCUCAGGUGGAUCCUCAGCGAAGACCCCUGCCAUACCGGUGACCAGUAAGACCAGAACGACUACCACAUGAUCGUCCUCAGGCCCCGGGCUCCCCGACCAUUAUGGGCUGCUGCCUCCGACAGCUGCAGCUGUUCUCCACCUGCAUGGCCUUCUCUCUGGGGGCCAGCGUGGGCACCUGGAAGGGGGCCAUAGGUAACUGGCCCAUGUUCAUCUGGUGCUUCUGCUUCGUCCUGACCCUCCUCAUCCUCAUAGUUGAGUUAUGUGGGCUGGAGGGCCACUUCCCCUUCUCCUGGGACAACUUUCUCACCACCUGCAACUGCUACUCUGCCCUCCUCUGCCUCUCGGCCUCCAUCAUCUACCCCAUCAUCUACGUCCAGCUCUUGUCCAACAGCCACGACUGGGACCGCACCAUCAUCUCCACUGUAUUCUCCUGCAUCGCCUUUGUGGCUUAUGCCAUGGAUGUGACCUGGACUAGGGCCCAGCCCAACAUGAUCACAGGCUAUAUGGCCACUGUGCCAGGCCUGCUUAAGGGGCUGGAGACCAUUGUGGCCUGUGUCAUCUUUGUCUUCCUCAGCAACACCUCCCUGUACCUGCACCAGCCAGCCCUGGAGUGGUGUGUGGCCGUGUACUCCAUUUGCUUCAUCUUGUCAUCCGUGGCCAUCCUGCUGAUCCUGGGCAAAUGUGACAACAGGCUGUCCAUCCCCUUCUCCAUUUUCCAGCUUGUGCUGACCCUGCUUUCCGUCCUCCUCUACACCACUGCUCUGCUCCUCUGGCCGCUCUACCAGUUCAAUGAGGAGUUGGGCAGGCAGCGGUCCAGUGAUGUGAACUGCAGCAGUGGACUCCCCACCUCUGUGUGCAUCUGGGACCAACAACUGGCUGUGGUUAGUUUGACAGCCAUCAACCUGCUGAUUUAUGUGACUGACCUGGUGUUCUCUGCCCGCCUGAAUUUUAACAGCAGCUGAGACUUUGCCCAAGGGCUCCCAGUUCCUCCCUUGUCUCACCUGAAGUUCAUCACCAAGCUCUGAUGUCCUCUUUCUGGCUCUCCUCUCCCUUCUCACAUCCUUCUGCAUUCAUCUCAUCCCCUUUCCCAUUUCCUUCCCACCUUCUUCUCUAUCUCCUUCCUAUUUUCUUUGGUUGCCCAUGUCCUGUUUUGCCUUUUUCUUACUUCUCUCAUCUUUCCUACAUUUUCUGCUUUUUUCCCCUUUUCUGGUCAUUCUUGGUUUUUUCGUCUCCUGUGUCAUGACCACCUCUCUCCAUUUUCCUUCUUCUGAUCCAUCAGGACCUGAGACUCCUUCCUUCUCUGCCCACCGGCCCCUCCCACCUCCUAAGGUGCUGACUGCACAGCACACAGCCCUCUGUGCAGCUGUUCACACCCUGGGCCUCCGGAGGGGCCUUGUUGCCAAAGCGUGUCUGUCCCCCUGGGGGUGUGUGAUGGGUUUGGGGAUGGGGGUGUGUAGCAAGGCAUUGGGUCCUUUUUCUUUUUGUACAGUGUGUCUCCCUAAAUUUAAGUUAAAAAAAAAAAAUCUCUGGAGGUCAGUAAUUUCCAGUGGGAGGACUCUUGAAGCAGAGACCCUGGGUCCCUGGGCCCAGCUAGUGGUUGGCCCGUCUGACAUUGGCUCCAGAAUUUCUCCAAGCUUGCUGAAAACCCACCGCCUGCAGAGGCCGUCUUAAAGGAAGCAAAGGCUGAAUGCUUCCUAUCCUAACUGCUCUCUGGGGAAUCAAAGUAGGAGCUGGUGGAGAACCCCAGAGUCUUGAAGACUCCUGUCUGCAGUGUUGGUGAGGGGCAGUGAUGUGGCCCUCCUGCCUCAGUGAUCAAAAGAGCAGGUCCUGUCUCUGCAAUGAGAAGAGCAUGGCCUGCCAGCCUUAAAGCUGAUGUUAGCCUGCCUGGGGUUUUUUGUUUUCUUUUUCUGGUCAGGAGGAUAAAAUUGACUGAAUGGACCUGUUCUUAAAGGUGAAAUUUCUUUUCUGUUUUUCUGGGGAAGGUGGGUUGACUGAGUGGGGAUUUUAACUGCUGUAGUCAAAUGAAUUGCAGUACUUGAGUGUGUGUGCGCACACACGUGUCAGUGGCUUUUUGCCACUGCUUUCUGCUUUUCUGAGACUCAGGCAUAAAGUGACCUAUAUAAAUGUAGAAAAAAAUAUGUAUGGUUUCUUUUAAUUACCUGGAGUUUCCAAUCCCCAUCAGCCCCUGCUGUCAACCAUAGAGAGAAAUCUUGUCCUUUCGUCCACAUCCACAAUGUUCUUUUUUUUAAAACCUCAAAGAUAAAAUAAACAGAAUGAAAAUGAAACCAACAAAAUCCAUAGGUCCUAAUUGCCCAAAUUUGACUAGAAAUCAGAAAAAG